AUGUUCUUCUUCUUCGUGUGCGGGGAGCACACCUUCCGCAGCCAAGUCCCCGGCUACGAAGGCAUGGUGUGCCAAUGCCACCACUGCGGAAACAUGGCCGCCCACGUCGCCAAGAGCCGUCCCUUCUUCACAUUCUGCUUCGUCCCCCUCAUCCCCUUCACAAUAUCGGGAUACAAAGACGUCUCCUGCGACAUCUGCAACUUCCAACAACCGCUCAAGAGCCGGCCCGACGUCGUGAGCAUGGCCAACGGCCGCGGUAACCAUGGCGCUCCCGCCCCUCAGCAAGGAUAUCAACAACAGUAG